GGUGCUGAAGGUCUCCUCUAGAGCUGUGGAAGGCUGAAUGGACUAAACAUGAAGAGCUUGAAAGCCAAGUUCAGGAAGAGUGAUACCAACGAGUGGAACAAGAAUGAUGACCGACUGCUGCAGGCCGUGGAGAAUGGAGAUGCCGAGAAGGUGGCCUCGCUACUGGGCAAGAAGGGGGCCAGCGCCACCAAGCAUGACAGCGAGGGCAAGACCGCUUUUCAUCUUGCUGCUACAAAAGGACACGUGGAAUGCCUCAGGGUCAUGGUUACACACGGCGUGGAUGUGACAGCCCAAGAUACUGCUGGACAUAGUGCUUUGCACCUCGCAGCCAAGAACAGCCACCAUGAAUGCAUCAAGAAGCUCCUUCAGUCUAAAUGCCCAGCUGAAAGUAUCGACAGCUCUGGGAAAACAGCUUUACAUUAUGCAGCCGCACAGGGCUGCCUUCAAGCUGUGCAAGUCCUUUGCGAGCACAAAAGCCCCAUAAACCUCAAGGAUUUGGAUGGGAAUAUACCACUGCUUCUUGCAGUGCAAAAUGGCCACAGUGAGGUGUGUCGCUUUCUUCUGGAUCAUGGAGCAGAUGUAAAUUCCAGAGACAAAAAUGGAAGAACUGCUCUCAUGCUGGCUUGUGAGAUUGGCAGCUCAAACAUCGUAGAAGCCUUAAUUAAAAAGGGUGCAGACCUAACCCUUGUAGAUUCUCUUGGACACAACGCCUUACAUUAUUCCAGACUCUCGGAAAAUACAGGAAUUCAAAGCCUUCUAUUAUCAAAAAUCUCUCAGGAUGCUGAUUUAAAGACACCAACAAAACCAAAGCAGCUGAGUGAUGUGUCUUCCCCAAGAUCAAUAACUUCAACACCACUUUCAGGAAAGGAAUCAGUAUUUUUUGCUGAACCACCCUUCAAGGCUGAGAUUAGUUCUAUACGAGAGAACAGAGACAGACUAAGUGACAGUACUACAGGUGCUGAUAGUUUAUUGGACGUAAGUUCUGAAGCUGACCAGCAAGAUCUUCUUGUCCUAUUGCAAGCAAAAGUUGCUUCUCUUACCUUACACAAUAAGGAAUUACAAGAUAAAUUACAGGCCAAAACACCCAGGGAGGGGGAAGCAGACCUGAGCUUUGACUCUUACCAUUCUACUCAAACUGACUUGGCCCCAUCGCUGGGCAAACCUAGUGAAAACCCUCCUCUAGACUCCAAACCAUCUCCAUCUGUCAUAACACAUUCCUCCAGUAAAUCCACUCUCGACAGUGAUGUCAGAAUCCAGCAACUCCAAGAGGUUUUACAUGACUUGCAGAAGAGACUGGAGAGCUCUGAAGCGGAGAGGAAACAGCUGCAGGCCGAGCUCCAGACCAGGAGGACAGAAUCAGUGUGCUUAAACAACACCGAGAUCUCAGAGAACGGCUCCGACCUCAGUCAGAAACUUAAGGAAACUCAGAGCAAGUACGAGGAAGCUAUGAAAGAAGUCCUGAGUGUGCAGAAGCAGAUGAAGCUGGGCCUGGUCUCACCAGAAAGCGUGGACACUUACUCACACCUGCAUGAGCUGAGGAUCACCGAGGAAGAAAUGGACGUGCUCAAGCGGGACCUCCAAGGUGCCCUGGAAGAAAGUGAACGAAAUAAAGAGAAAGUGAGAGAGUUAGAGGAGAAGCUGGCAGAAAGGGAGAAAGAGGCAGUUAUGCAGCCACCAAAGGAGGAGUAUGAGGAAAUGAAAAGUUCCUAUUGCGCGGUGAUUGAGAAUAUGAAUAAGGAGAAAGCAUUUUUGUUUGAGAAAUACCAAGAGGCACAAGAAGAAAUCACAAAACUGAAAGAUACAUUGAAAAAUCAGAUGACCCAGGAGGCGGGUGAUGAAGCUGAGGACAUGAAAGAGGCCAUGAACAGGAUGAUCGAUGAACUCAACAAGCAGGUGAGUGAGCUGUCCCAGCUGUACAAAGAGGCCCAGGCAGAGCUGGAGGAUUACCGGAAGAGGAAGUCUCUAGAAGAUGUCACAGCUGAAUAUAUCCAUAAAGCGGAGCAUGAGAAGCUGAUGCAAGUGACCAACGUAUCCAGAGCCAAGGCCGAAGAGGCACUGUCCGAAAUGAAGUCUCAGUAUUCAAAAGUGCUAAAUGAGCUGACCCAGCUCAAACAGUUGGUAGACGCACAGAAAGAGAACUCUGUCUCCAUCACGGAGCAUUUGCAAGUGAUAACCACUCUGCGGACCACUGCCAAAGAGAUGGAGGGAAAACUAAGCAGUCUGAAAGAGCACCUGGCGAGCAAGGAAGGGGAGGUGGUGAAGCUGGAGAAACAGCUCCUAGAGGAGAAGGCGGCUAUGACAGACGCAAUGGUGUCCCGGUCUGCCUACGAGAAGCUCCAGUCGUCUUUGGAAAGCGAAGUGAGUGUGUUGGCCUCAAAAUUAAGGGAUUCCGUGAAAGAGAAAGAGAAGGCCCAUUCAGAGGUUGCCCAGAUUAGAAGUGAGGUCUUGCAGAUGAAAAGGGAAAAGGAAAACAUUCAGACUCUCUUGAAAUCCAAAGAGCAGGAAGUAAACGAACUUCUGCAAAAAUGCCAGCAUGCUCAGGAAGAACUUGCAGAAAUGAAGAGACAUUCCGAGAGCUCCUCCAAACUGGAAGAGGAUAAAGACAAGAAGAUAAAUGAGAUGUCCAAGGAAGUCACCAAGUUGAAGGAGGCCCUGAACAGCCUCUCACAGCUCUCCUACUCUGCCAGCUCCUCCAAGAGGCAGAGCCAGCAGCUGGAGGCGCUGCAGCAGCAAGUCAAACAGCUGCAGAACCAGCUGGCGGAAUGCAAGAAACAACACCAGGAAGUGAUAUCUGUUUACAGGAUGCAUCUUCUGUACGCCGUGCAGGGCCAGAUGGAUGAAGAUGUCCAAAAAGUACUGAAGCAAAUCCUUACCAUGUGUAAGAACCAGUCCCAGAAGAAGUAA